GUUUUGUUAUUGUUGUUGAAGGUGAGUGUGGAGAGUGUGAGAGUUUAUCUGCCGGCUCUUCAGGAGCAACACAUCGAGAGGAAAACAAACUCCAAAGUCCAGAACUGCAAACACACCCAAAUUAUUCUGACCAUCAACUGAUUCAACAUCAACAAGAACAGCUGAAGCUCUUCAGAUCAACGAAGAAGCUGGACAGAAGCCCCAUCUUCUCGCUGACUCUGAAGCUGCCAUGGAGAAGGAGGAAUGUUGGAAUGUGAAGUUCAGGAACGUGGCUCAGACAUAUUUCCCUCAAACCCGAGUGGAAUGUCGCUAUACACUGAGCUGUGAACACAACUGGAGCUGUCGUGACUGGAUCGGACUCUUUAAGGCCGGCUGGACGUCAGUGAGAGAUUAUCACACAUACGUUUGGGCUCUUGCUCCUGAAGAUUACACACCGGGUAAAGAGGUCAACAGCAGCAUCCUGUUCCACCCAUCUUACCUGCCGAACCCCAGCGCUACAGCGUACCAGUUUGUGUAUGUGGAUGAGUUAGGCGAGAUCUGUGCAGUGAGUCCUCAGUUCACUUUCAGCGCUCCAAAACCUCUGGAUGAACUGGUGACUCUGGAGGAGGAGAGAAACGGAGAGGAAGAAAACGAAGGAGAAGACUUACUGCUCGUAGUGCCGAGAGCUCAGAUACUGCAGAGUCAUCUGGAAACCUGCCAGGGGGAACUGCUGCUGCUACAGAAGCAGCUCAGAGCCUCCAGCGUGGACCUGGAGAAACAUCGAGAGAGAAGCGAGAAUGAGAGGCAGGAGUUCGAAGCAGAAAGAGUGGAGAUGAGGAAGGAGAUCAGCGACCUGAGAGAGAGGCUGAGGAGCAGCCUGGAGAUGAUCAACAGAAUGGAGGAGAAAGAGAAGGAUGUGUUAAAGUCUCAUGACAGCAUUUCAGUGGAGAUGAGCAGCUUGUUAACAGAAAGAGCUGAAAAUCAUCAACAGAUCAAAGACCUGGAGGAGGACGUGAGCAGCUUGGUGCAGCAGAAACAAGACACUGAGGCUGAAUUAGAGAGGAUGAGAGAGAGAGUAAAAAAGCUGACCAUGCAGAGGAAGGACGAGGAGGACGAGAGGAGGAACUUACAGAUGGAGAGUAAACAUUGUCGUGAGGAGUUGCGGGUUCUUCAGGAGCGCCUGGAGACCAGCGAGUGCAGCGUGGAGGUGUUACGGAGAGACCUGAGUGAACUGGGAGCGCUGCAGAGCCAGAACCAGGCAGAGCUUCACCAGAUCCGACUGCAGGCAGCUCAAACCACGCUGCAGCUCUCACAGGCCAACCUGAACCUCCGAGAGGGACAAGCGUCCUGGGCCAAAGAGCGAGAGAACCUCCGGAAGAACGCAGAGCUGGAUAAGGAACGAGUGCAGAAGCUGAGUCAUGAGCUGCAGAAGAAGGAAGAAUGGCUUGAGGAAGAACGAACAGAGCGAGAGAAACUGGAGCUGGAGCUUGGAAACGAGAAAGCCUGCAACCGAGAGCUGCGUGCGAGUGUGAGAGCCAUGCAGAAGGAGCGUGAACAGCUGCAGCAGGAGAAACAGGAGCUUCAGGAUCAUAUCCGAGUUUUCCGUCUGCGUUUGGAGAGCGAGCGGGACAUGGCCUGGACUACAGCAGCGUCCAGCAGCAGGACUGAGGUGGUCAGUGGCAGCACAUCAGCACCUCUGCAGAAAUCCAAUUGUAACAAAGUGGAAGAAGCUGAAAUGAUCAGUCUGCUGCAGAGUGAGAAGGCGGAGCCUGAGGAGGAGGAGGCAGGGUCUGAUGAAGAGGGGGUGGGGUCUGAGGAGGAGGCGGAGCCUGAGGUGGACAAAACAAGAGAGCAGGAAACGCAGAGCAGAGACAUGGAUGUGGGAGAGAAUAUAAAGAGUGAAGCACAGACUCCAUCUGAGAUCAAAGCCAACAUACUGAGUGAGUGUGCUGAUGCCCCCUUGUGGUGAAAUGUGGCAGUGACACUCAGAGAGGAAAACCUGAUGUAGCUGAUUUCAUAUCAGCAACAACACAUCAUGUGCUCCAGAGGAGUGUAACCUUUCAAAAACAGAACUGUGCAACCUUACUGUGUGUGUGUGUGUUUUAUAGCUUGAAUGUGUGUGUGGGUGUUAUUUAUUUUCUGAGUGCGUGUGUUAUUUAUUUUCUGAAUGUGUGUGUGUGUUAUUUAUUUUAAG